UGUUUAGGCGGGCACUUAGCACGCACUUAACAGAAUAGCAAGGGAAAUAGAUAUUUCCCAUUUUGAACCCCAAAUCGAAAAGGAUAACACACACAUAUUUUUAUUUCUAUCAAGAAAACCUCUCUGUGCUUCGGUUUACUACUUUCUUCUACAGAUUCAAUGUUGCUUGGUUUUAGAUAAACUCAGGAAAUAGAGAAAUGAAGUUGCCUGCAGUUUGUCGUGUUCCAGUGUCACCACAGUGUAGCUCUUGCUAUUACAAUCGGCUCCGACCUCUGCUUUCGCCUCCCUCAAUUAACUCUCCCCCUACACAUUUCUUAAGAUUUUCCCUCCGCAAUAAAAGGAGCGCUGUUUGCAGAGCGAGUGAGACGGAAACUGAACCUGAUCAAAAUGACGACAAGGAUGAUAAAUUGGAUGAGGAAGCCGAUGACUCUGUAGCAGAUAAUAGUCUUGAGCUGAACUCUCAGCCUGAUCAGGAUAAGGAUCAACCAUUGGGGAUGUUGGAGAAUACAAGUCCAGGAAACAAUAAUGGAGCUCAAGUGAAUGAACAAACUGGAGUGGAGGAUGGUACUGAGGUUCAAGUUGCGAGUGGAUCACCACUUCCAGGUGUGAAGGUGCCUCAGCAACUCGAUGAAUCAAUCAGGAUACCCAAGGAAACAGUUGAAAUUCUCAGAAAUCAAGUAUUUGGUUUUGACACUUUUUUUGUUACAAGCCAGGAGCCAUAUGAGGGUGGAGUACUAUUUAAAGGGAAUCUACGAGGUCAGGCUGCAAAAACUUAUGAAAAAGUAGCAAAGAGAAUGCAGGACAAACUUGGAGACGACUAUAAGCUUUUUCUUUUAAUCAAUCCAGAGGAUGAUAAGCCUGUGGCAGUUGUGGUCCCAAGAAUGACCCUGCAACCUGAAACUACAGCUGUUCCAGAAUGGUUUGCAGCAGGGGCCUUUGGACUCGUUACAGUACUCACUUUACUUCUUCGCAAUGUGCCGGCAUUACAAUCGAACUUGUUAUCAGUUUUCGACAAUCUUGACUUGUUGAAGGAUGGAUUACCUGGAGCUCUAAUAACUGCCUUUCUUCUGGGGGUUCAUGAAGUUAGCCAUCUUUUAGUUGCCAAAGAGGUUGGAAUUAAGCUCGGCGUCCCAUAUUUUGUUCCUAGCUGGCAGCAGAUAGGCUCCUUUGGUGCUAUAACAAGGAUUCUAAAUAUUGUACCAAAACGUGAAGAUCUCUUGAAAGUUGCAGCUGCUGGACCAUUAGCUGGGUUCUCUGUGGGCCUUAUUGUUUUGCUUUCAGGAUUCAUCUUACCACCUACUGAUGGCAUUGGCAUCAUCAUAGACCCCUCUGUCUUCCAUGAAUCAUUUCUAGCUGGUGGUAUAGCCAAGCUUCUUUUAGGAGAUGUUCUCAAGGAAGGAACUUCUAUAUCCGUAAAUCCGCUUGUGAUAUGGGCCUGGUCUGGACUUCUCAUUAAUGCUAUCAAUAGCAUUCCUGCAGGAGAGCUUGAUGGUGGCCGGAUUGCUUUUGCCAUGUGGGGAAGAAAGGCUUCAGCUCGCCUCAGUGCUUUAUCUAUAGGGCUUUUGGGAAUAUCUUCAUUGUUUAACGAUGUAGCAUUUUAUUGGGUAGUCCUAAUAUUCUUCCUCCAAAGAGGGCCUAUUGCUCCACUAUCAGAAGAAAUCAGCGAUCCUGACAAUAAAUACGUGGCCCUUGGAGUUGUAGUAUUGCUCUUGGGCCUGUUGGUUUGCUUGCCAUUUCCUUUUCCUUUCUCUAAUGAAGCUGCCACUGGUUUCUAGAGAAAAAUAGUACAUCCAACAUGUUUUUGGCUCUUGGGUUCAGUUAAGUAAAAUAAAAUUGUGCAGAAAGAUGUUACUUUCUUUUAGUUGUCUGAGCAGUUAAUAUGGUAGAAUUCCCUUAACUAGUUUUGCCUCCAAAAUCCGGGUAUAAGUUUGGAGAUCAGCAAGUAGCCAAUGAUACAUCUUGUGUUUACUUCUGACAUACGUUUGUGCAAAUUUAUGCUCUGUACAAGGAUUCAUGAGAGGUUUCAUUUUUCCAUAUCUAACGCUGACAUGUUACAUUAAA